UUGGGAUUUUCUCUCUCUACUCUUUUAAACUGUCCUUUCUCUCUCUCUAAAACUUCAUCGGAGUCCAGCAAUGGUGGAAAGGGAAGAUUUAGGGCUAAGUCUUGCUCUUGCUAUAAACCCUAGAUUAGACAGUCCCUUCCAUUCUAAUGCUUUGGUUGCUUGGAGUGAGGCCUAUCGCUCUGAGAGGAGCUCAGAGACUAGGUCAUUUCUUAGAGGGAUCGAUGUGAAUCGGAUGCCUUCUUCCCCUGUAGAUUGCGAAGAGGAAGCAGUGGUUUCUUCGCCAAAUAGCGCGCUAUCAAGUGCGAGUGCAAAGCGAGGAGAGAGAGAGUCCAUUGGAGAGGAGAAUGAGGGUGAGAGAGCCUCCUCUCGAGGAAUAAGCGACGAGGAGGAUGGAGACACAGGGAGAAAGAAGCUGAGACUCUCUAAGGAGCAAUCAGCUGUGCUGGAAGAGAGCUUUAAAGAGCAUAACACUCUCAAUCCGAAGCAAAAGCAUGCAUUGGCAAAGCAGCUGAAUCUCCGGCCGCGACAAGUUGAAGUCUGGUUCCAGAACAGGAGAGCAAGGACAAAGUUGAAGCAAACAGAGGUGGACUGUGAGUUUUUGAAGAGGUGCUGUGAGAGGCUGACAGAGGAGAACAGGAGACUCCACAAGGAGUUGCAGGAGCUGAGGGCCCUCAAGCUUGGCCCCAGGCCCUAUGCUCAUGUGCCCCCCACCACCCUCACCAUCUGCCCCUCCUGCGAGCGCCUGCCCUGCUUGCCUUCCCCCGCCCCUUUGAGGGCGCAUCGGCCAGGUCUCGAUGGUGCAGCACAUGGUUGUGUUUAGAGGGAGAGGGAAGGGGGGCACGGGUGCUGUAUUUUUUAAUGAGAGGAAGAGAUAGAUAGAAUGGGAGCAGUAUGUAGUGUAGCCACAAUGUUUGGGAAAUGCAAUGUGUAGAGGGAGAGAAGAGAGAGAAGGGGGGGGGAUGGGG